UGAUGGAUCAAUACUGACUCCGUGGUCUGUGGCGGCCCAGCCCGGUCAAUUACCGUGGUCACAAGUAAAAUAAAGCGUUCUGUUCUUCGUACCAAUAAAUUCAUUCCGGGCCAUGGAAUGGGAUGGGGAGCGACGGGGACAGGGCGCGAUCUAGCUCCGGUGGAACUAACCAACCUAACCAGGAGAAGAGAAGAGCCCAGGAGCGAACGAUGGUGAAGCUGCUUUUACCGAAGACUCUUCUUCAUGUUCUGAGCUUGCAGUUCCUCCUCCUCCUCCUCCUCCUCUGCGUCUCGUGGGGCUCCUCCGUCGUCGUCUCUUCGGGAUCUGAGAUCGUCGCUGAUCACCCUCCACCCCAUGAGCUUCGAUCCUUCACGAUCCGGGAGAACCUGCAGAAAGAGGGUGAGGAGGCGGGAAGAGGAAGGGGAUCGUGUUCGUACACGGUGAAGAUAAGGACCAGCUGCUCUUCCCCGAAGAUUACCAGAGAUGCUAUCAGCCUCGCUUUCGGUGAUCUCUACCGUAACGAGGUUUACGUGCCACGGCUGGACGAUCCCUCGUCAGGCACAUUUGAGCGGUGCUCCACGGACACAUUCAAGAUCAAGGGGCCCUGCGGCUACGGAGUGUGCUACCUUUACCUGCGGCGGAAUGGGUGGGAUGGUUGGAUUCCGGAAUGGGUUCAGGUCUACGACCCAUACUACAGCCGCACCGUCACCUUCUACUACAGCACUUCUCUCCCCAAUGGCGUUUGGUACGGUUUCAACCAGUGCCCCAGAGCCACUCAGACCGGCACCACCGCUGCUGAUCCUAUCUCCAGGAUGUAGAGUUAUUAGUAUUAUAUCAGUCUAGCGCUUCCUCAAGCUUGGCUGGAACAUAGAGUUCAUCCAUGGGCCUCUCCAUAUUUGGGGCUUUUCAUAUCUUGCUGUUGCAGCAGCACUAUUGAGUCUAUUAUAAAGUAUGGUACUUUUUUCUCGUUCCUCUUGUUGUUAUGUCAGGACUUUUCUACCUUCAUCGUGGUAUGCAAGCAAGGAGUUCUUCUAGUUGGGAAAUUUUUUUAACAA